AUGACAUCAGCAGAGCGGCCCAGCAUGUCGACCAUUGGCGGACGAAGAGCACAUACAAAAUCCCGCCGGGGAUGUCUCAACUGCAAAAGACGCCAUGCAAAGUGCGACGAGAAACGCCCGACAUGCAUGCGGUGCCAUCGCCUGGGCGACGCGUGCAUGUGGCCGACGGUGGCAUCGCGCCCGCGCGCAUCGCCAACUGGAGCGUCGUCGUCCAAGGCAUCGACGCCCGAGACGCGGCGGCCGUCGGCAGCAGAUGACCUCAUGUCGGCCCUGUCGAGUCUGUACCACGGGCCAGAGGGCGCAGGACAUCGAGGGGCGGGACCGGCCUCGGGGCAGGUCGCUGAGGUGACUGCUCAAGCGGCAAGUCAAGCGACAACAUCGGCGACACCACCGGCCUUGCCGUUCGAGUUUGAUGUCAUGGACCUGCGCCUGCUGCACCACUACACGAUGCACGUCCACGCGACGCUGGACCCGACAGCCGAGCCCGUCCAGCAGCGCAUUUGGCAGGACACGGUGCUGCGCCUAGGCUUCGACCAUCCGUUUCUGCUGCGCGGCAUCCUGGCCCUGUCGGCACUGCAUCUGCUGCUGGAGGCACGCGGCGCGCCCGAAACGGACCGGCGCGGCGACAAGCGAGAUCUGACGGCCCUGAAACUGCGGGCGGCGUGCCACGUGGACGCCGCGCUGACAAUGUUCCGCCAACGACUCGGCCAGGACGGUCAGCUGCAGCUCCAGCCGGCCGUGCCAGGGAGCACAGGCACCACAGGCACCACAGGCACCACAGGCACCACAGGACCGGUGGACGGCGACGAUGACGCCCCGAGUGCCGUGUUUGUAUUUGCCUGUCUGCUGGUCGUACACAGUUUUGCUCACGCGAAGCUGCUGGGGACGGUCAAGAUGCCGUUGCGAGCUGGCAACGACAGAGACGCCGUUGUCGAUGUCGAUGUCGAUGUCGAUCCGCUCCGUGGCGACAACCCAGGCGACUUCGACGACCCCGACGACCCUGACGACCCAAUUAGCGCCCUUGUGGCGUCCUUUCGGCUCAUCCGCGGCGUCAACACGCUACUGCAGCCGCACUUUUUGCGCAUCCUGGCAAGCGAGGUCGCGCCGCUCAUAGCCAACGCCAUGCCGUCAUCUUCGUCCUCGUCCGGUCUGACUGGAUCCGUCCACCGGGACGUGCCAGCGUUGGUGCAGCUGCACCAGUGGAUCUCGCGCCCAGCAGACGGCGACGCGGAUGACAACGACACGUCGUCUGACGCCCACGCCGACGCCCACGCCGACGCCCACGCCGUUGACGAACUGCACCGCAUCGCAACGACCGUCGACGUCCACGCCCGCGCGGGCCAUCGCGGCCAAGCGUCCCUGCUCGCCCUGAUGCUCGUCUGGCCGGCGGCCGUCUCCGACGUCUUUAUCGACCACGUCGCUCGCCGCCGGCCCCGGAGUCUGAUUGUGCUCGCCCACUUUGCCACCCUCUUCCAAACUGGCACCCUCGCCACCUGCUGGUGGAUCACGGGCUGGGGCCGCGCCGUCGUCGAGGCCGUCGAAGCCGAAGUGGGCCGGGCCGGGCAGGGGCAAGGAAAUGUGCAUGACGAGAGCAGCAACAGCCUGCUCGCGUGGCUCGCGUGGCCCAAAGCCGAGAUUUUCAGAGAGACAAGCGGGAGGUGA